AUGGUGUACUGCCUGGAGACGCUGCAGAUGAAUGUAGCGGAGCUGCAGCGGCUGUGCAGCAGCCAAGGAGAUUUGCUGCUGAAGGCGCGGGACCUGGAGACGCAUUUUCAGAGGCUGCUUAACCGCAUGCAAAGGCGACAGCAGCAGCAGCAGCAGCAGCAACAACAGCAGCAGCAGCAGCAGCAGCAGGAGGCAAAGCUCCUUGCCCCUGUAUACGGCGAGGGAGUAGCGUAA